AUCAGUUACAAGUUUCUUGGCGCGACUUUAUUUAAAUAUGUGCAUAUGUAUAAAAUUUUAAUUAAUAUAUUGUAAUAUGGAAUUAAAUAAGUCGUCUUCCAAUGAUAAUAAUAAUGAUAUUAAAAGUUCGUCCGAAGAUUCGUCAAGUGCAGAAAGAAUAAAAUUAGAAAAGGAAAUAGAAGAUUUAAAGCUUACUGUCAGACAAUUACAACAAAAAUUAAAAAUUGUAAAGCUUAAUAAUAUAAAAGAAAACUUAAUUUCAAAUAGCACAAAUAAUUUUGCUGGUACAAGUAAUCAGGAUGUGUCAACAAAUGUAAAUUAUGAGUUAUACAGAUAUAGUGGAUUAUAUUGUGUACAUUGUGCUAGAAAUGAAUAUUUAAUUGGAUUUAAUUCAUCGUGGAAAGAACAGAAGCAAAAUCUCUUUGCGAUACAACUUCUCAAACGAGGCAAAAAGAUACAGAUAGGUAAAUGGGUUAUGCCUAUGUCAGUUGACAUAAAUCAAUUAUUAUCUGAGGUAUCACUCAAUACAAUAUACAAUAUAAUACCUUUCGUACAAAAUUCUAAACACCAUUGCAAUUGUUAUAUAUUUAGAUUGCAACAGUAUCAAGAAUUAAAGUCUUCUGUUGACAAUUUGAGUAAUUGUAAUGUGCAACCAAAUUUGGGAUAUACAUCAUUUAUAAUAGAAUUAUUAAAUGUAUAUGAUAAGAUAAAUGAAAGUUAUGCCAAUAUCACAAUUUAUUUAUGUUAUGAUUCUAAACAUGUUAGACCAACUGAAAUCAAACUUGAAGUAACUGGAAGUAUAAAAUAUGAUGAACAAACUGAAAAACAAUUGAGAAAAUCUCUAAAAAAAUUUUAUUCUACUGAUUUACAAACAGCAUUUGAUAAUAUUUUAAUAGACGAUAAUGCACAAUUUACAUGGACAAGAGUAAAAAAGGAAGAUGCUACAUUAGAAAUCAAUGAAUCCAGUAGCUCAGAAUAUGAUUUAUCAAAUUUAGAAACAUCUCAAAAUAAAAUAUAUAAAAGAAAACGGAGAAGAAGAGUAUCACAAGUGAACAAUAAAAAAAAGAAUAAGAAAGAUAAUAUUAAUAAUAAAUUAGAUCUUCAGGAUACAGAUAGAAAAAUUCAAAAGCAAUCGUCACAAAAAGAAAAAUACGCAGAAGCAAGUACAAGUAAAUCUAUGAAAAUUGCACAUUCUCAUAAAUUGUCAAAAGUGCAAACAAAAACUGUUAAGAGUAAAUCAAAAAAUAAAUCAUCUCUAAAUAACUUUACCAUUGGAUUACGCUCAGAAGGAAAAUCAGAAAAUACUUCCAAAAUGGUACAAAGUAAAAUUAAAAUUAAACCAUUAUCAAUUAAAUUACAAAAUAUAAUGAAUAAUCAUACUAGUACUCCUAUACGAUCAAGUAAACGAAAUCAUACUCCAUUUAAAGAAUUACCAAAAUUAGAUAUAAGUGACAUAGUUGAUAUUGAACAACAAAAAUAAUAAAUGUUAUAAUAGUCAUCAAAUUUUUAUACAUAUAUAUAUA